UUAAUCACUUUGUGAGCAGGUAGAGUGAGGGUGCGAUGUUCGAAACGUGUAUUCCUGUCUUGAAACUUAAAUUGAUGCCAUAUUAUUUGUACGUCUGUAUGUAUGUUUUAUAAAAGAGUCAAUAAAAAAAAACAAAAAACGCCCUAUAUAGUCGCCAUCAUGGCUACGUGGCAGAAGGGACGGGUUAACUUGAGUGGUUGCAAUUUACCAUUAAAAAGGAGAUAAGAAGAAGUGGGUAAUAUAUUGCGGCCGUCAUUUCCUGUAAGUGCACAACAGAAGUAAUAUAUAAGUACACACAGUCUAUGUAUUCAAGUAUACUUAUGGAAGUACUCCUUUUGAAACACAACCAAUUGAGCUUCCUGGUGCACAGUUUACUCAGAGCUUUUAUUUUGGAGCUUCCUGCCGACUUGAGCGUGUCCCUGAAUGAUGGGUGUGGUCGUCACUGUACAGGUGUACUUAUGAUGCACAGGAUGGGUUUUGCACUGUGUGUCUUUAGGAACGCGUGACUUUUGUUGGAAGUAAACCGUUUGAAGUUGAAAGGAUGGAGCGUCUCAAGUUAGUCUUGCAGUAUUUCCAGUCCAACUCGGAGUCCAUCUCCAACGGGAUUUGCGUGGUCCUGGCCUUGGUGAGCGUGAAGCUUUACACCAGCCUGGACUUCAACUGUCCCUGCCUUCCUCGCUACAACAAAGUCUACUCUUUCGGGGUGAUGGUGGUCCCACCCAUCAUCCUCUUCUUCCUGGGGGUCCUGGUCAAUCGACACACGGGAGUCAUGGUGGACGAGUGGAUGAGGCCGGUCGGGAAACGGUCCAAAAAUCCAGCUGUGGUCAAAUACUUAUUCUCAGCGAUGAUCCAGCGGGCCUUUCUUGCACCGAUGGUGUGGAUCCUGGUCACGUUGCUGGAUGGAAAAAUAUUCAUCUGUGCUUUCAGUGUGAGUGUGGAUCCUGCACUCUUCUCAGGUUUGCCCAACAACACGGGCCUGGAUGCCAUCAAAAUCAUGGCCAAAGUUCCCUGCAAGGAGGAUGUCAUCUUCAGGAAUAGCUCUUUCCAUAAAGCCGUUUCUCGUUACGUUCGCUGCUAUUCACAGGCAGUUGGCUGGUCCGUCCUCCUUUUCUUGAUUGUACUGGGAGCGCUGGGACGCCUCAUCAAGCCUUGUGUGGACGACCACGCCACCUUCCUGCAGACGCGCUACUGGAGCAACUACCUGGACGUGGAGCAGAAGCUCUUUGAUGAAACCUGCGUCCUCCAUGCUCGAGACUUUGCCCAAAAGUGCGUUGUGCAGUUCUUCCAGGAUGUGAGGGAGGACGUGGACCUCUGUCCCCCGCAACCACAUCUCAUUCAACACUUCACACAGGAGUCGGACGAGGACGAGGUGGAGCGACUUCAUGGGAUAACAAAGCAGGAGCAAGUGGACCAACUUCUCCAAAAAUGGUAUUUCAGUAAACCUGAACUGGACAUCACCAAAACCUACAAACCCAGGAUGCACACAACUUGGAAGCAAGGGCGGGAGAGCUUAUCUUCUAAUGUGUAGGCCUCAUUUACACACAAAAUACUCAACGCAGGGCCUAAUUAUGGCUGACUGACGUCGACAUAAGCGGUUGUCAACACAACACCACUAAGUAAGUGAAGUGUAAGUGAAUGAGGUAGGAUUCCUUAUUUAUGAAGGAAUAUUUGUGUACUUUUUUGUAAUUAGGACCUUUUACAGUAAAUAUUGUUUUUAACAUGAUUAGAGCCCUCUAGGCAUGAAAUAACACCCCUAUAGCCACCUUUACACUCCUGUUACCCAAUGUAGUACACGUAAUAAGAGCCAAUAAGCCAUUUAAGACACAAAUAAGACUCAUGCUGGUGUCUGUUGCUAUAAAUGUGUUCCGAGGAGAGCGGUAGUGGCAGGCGAAUGGGAGGGCUCUAGAGCUGAAUCUAAUCCAGGGGUGUCCAAACAUUGUGAAAAAUGAAAGGAUGCAACUUUGCCACAUUCAUAUUUUGUAAAAAAGUGAUGUAUAUUUCAAGAAAAAAAACGCAUCUCAUGUUUGUGAUACACUGUAGGUGAAAAAGUCAUCAUUAGUAGCAACUUCACACGUUUCCCCCAUUUUUGCCGUUUUUCCAGUUAUUUCAUCUUCCUUCUUGAAUAAUCUUCGGAAAUUUUCUUUUUGUAAUAUGAUGACUUUAUUCCCAUAAUAUUUGGACUUUAUUUCCAUAACAUUAUAACUUUUUCCCCAACCUAAUUUGUUUGUUUCUCAUAAUAUUACGACUAAAUAUAUAUAUUUUUUCUUUAAUAUUUCAUCUCACUAAAAUGACAAUAUUUUUACUUCUAAUGUUACGAAUUUAUUCUGGUAAUUAUAAUAAUGUUUUUCUCUUAAUAUUUUUUACUUCAUUCUCAUAAAAUGACAGCUUUUUUUUCAUUUUUGUUGGGUUUUUUUAAAAUACCAUUUUCCACCUUUCUUUUUGUAAAUGUCCUUCUCGUAAUUAUGGCUUUAUUCCCAUAAUAGUUAUAGUUAUAGUUAUAAUUUUUGGAAAAUUAUAACUUUUUGCGCAACUGAAUUUUAACUUUAUUUGUUGUUUUGUUUGUUUCUCACAAGAUUGCGACUGUUUCUUUACUAUUCCAACUUUAUGCUGCCAAUGUGACGUUAUUUUUCGACUUUAUUCUUGUAAAAUUACUGCUGAAUUUCCCAUUUUUUUCCUGUUGUUUGUUUGUUUUCUUUUUAGUUUUUUCGUAAAAUUCUUUUUUAUAGAAUGUGCUGCAGGCCAAUAAAAAAAAAAACGCUGUUGGCCCCAAAUGGCCCCCAGGCCGCACUUUGGACAACCCUGAUCUAAUCGAAUAACUACAACAGUCAUUUUUAUUGCAAAUGUUGGUCCGAAAUUGGAGGACAACUUUGAGGCGUGUCAGCACCCCUGCUUGACACGGUUUCGUGUGCGUUUGCAUGUAGGAAGAAAAGAUUUGAAUAUGUUUGGGUGCCAGGUAAGAUGUUGGUGUUGGUGGCGCAUUCACAUGAUGGAAACAUGCAAAGGGGCAUUUCAAACUUCAGUCAACGUUUGUGCUUUAUUAUUCUGGCGGCCAUGGCAACCAAGCGGCAUCAGCAUGUAGGUUCAAUAUUUAUUCAUGUCAGUGUUUCCAAUACACUUUCCCAACACACGCUGACCACUGUUGAUUUGAAUUGUAUUGUUUGAAAUACAUUGACCUGUUUGACCUUUGGAUGGACGCUAAGAGGGGUACUGCAUGACGUUUCAAGGCCAGUCGAUACCGAUAUUUUUCAUAGUGAAAAAUGAAAGCAUAUGCUAACAAGCUAUAUAUAUAUUUCAAGAAAAAAGUGCAUCUGAGCUUUGUCAUAUACCGUGGGUCAGUGGUCACCAACCUUUUUGAGAUCAGGAUCCCCUUCCCACCCCACCAUAUAUAUCUGCUGAGAACAUCUUAUACUGUAUAUACAGUAUGCAAUACAGUGUUCCCUCGUUUAGCACAGUUGAUAAGUUCCCAAAAUAGCCCCCAAUAAGUGAAAUCCGAGAAGUCGCUAACUUUAUGCGUUUACAAUGAUUAUAUAUGUUUUAAGGCUGUAAAACCCCUCACCAUACACUUUAUACACUUUUCUCAGACAGGCAUGAACAUUUGAUCACAUUUCUCUCUUGUUUAAACACUCUCAAAGUUCACAUUUCCUUUGAAUUUGAAUGAUCAACCUACUAGGUUGGACACACGAAAUGAUCAAGUGACUCAUGUGUAUUUCACUCCUGUGACCGUGCCUUGUCUUGGCGCUGUUCGGUUGUCUCGUUUUUGUAUCCUUGUUAAAACAUAUUGCUCCUGCCGUCGUCCUCCUCCUCAUCCUGCUCAUUGAACUAAAGAUUCAUUUAGCCGGUUAGCUUAUUCUUCUUCUAUUGUUUACUGGUGGUUAGCAAGCAGCUCACACAGUUAGCUAGUGUUAGCUCGUUAGCUAGUGCCACGGCACAAAGGAGAGAGAGAUUGACAAUGGUCUACAGCCAAUCAGGACGCAGAACACAAUGGGCGGGUUCCCCCUUAGCCAAUCAGGACUGUUGUGGCUUUAUAUUUAGCUGGCUAUUGUCACUCUGUGGGUUCCUACUAUGCUCGUACGGGCACGUAAACGCAUACUGAGAACAGGUGGAGCUGCACACGUCUUCAACUCUAACAAGAGUAUACAACACCCUCUACUGGUGGCAGUAGUAAAUACAAUAACAAUGCAACAGAGCACCUAUUGAUCGCUGUAAUACACUACAAGCAUGCACAACACAAUGCGCGUUCAUACGCUGUGAAAAAAAGAAGCAAAAUUGCACUUCAAAAAUCUGUGAAACAGUGAAUUUGCGAAGUGUUAUGUAGCAAGGGAGCACUGUACUGUACAUGCUUUGUGUUAUUAUUUCUUGCUUUCAACAUUUCAGCUUUUUCUCAUUGUGGCUUUUGCCAUAUUUUUAUCAUUUUUUAAAUUGUACUUUGUUUCUGCAGUGAUGCAAUGACAAAUGAGCCACGGGCCACAGAUGGCCCCUGACCCACGCUUUGGGCACCCCUUCACCCUUACUUUUGUGGCUCUUGGUCGGGGUUGGGCUUGAGGCGUCGGCUCCAUGAGCAAACCACAACUCUUAUUUGGCUUGUUGGCUCAGUGCAGUGUUACUCCCUCCCUCUCUCGCUCGACCUUCUUGCUAGCGCCGGGGGCCGAGUCGGUGUAUGAGGCGAGCCGGCGUACUAGUGCACCUCUGGCCGGGUUUUGGGGACUGGGCUCCUUGCUGGGGCUUGCGGGUCGCGAGGCGAGGCGUAUUCAGUGGACAAAAUGCGUGCCUGUUGGCGGCUCUCUCGGAGGUGAGGGCCCUGAUCAUUUUUUUCAAAUGUUCUCACGAUCGACCGGCAAAGUCCCAAAGAUCGACCAGUAGCCCACGAUGGACGGGUUGGCGACCCCCUGCUGUAGGUGGAUAAGUCUAUUAUUAGUAUCAACUUCUCUCUUUGCUCUUUUUCUCAUUUCUGUCAAAUUUGGCCAAUAUUUUGACUUUCUUUUUAAAUAAUCUUCUCACAUUUUCUUCUUGUAAUAUUUGGCCUGUAUUCUAACAUUU